AUGGAUUUUGAUGGGAAAGUAACUCCUGAUGAGGUUGCAGUUGCUGCGAACUACUUGAAUUAUACUUUAGGCAAGGAGGGCAUCCAAGAACUCAUAGGCAACCUUUCCAAAGAUAAAGAUGGGAAAAUUCGUGUGGAAGAUAUUGUGAAAUUGGGCAGCUGGACAGAAGAUGCAAACCAAGCUGAAGAUGAGGGAUUAGGGAAUAAUAUAUAUAUGAGUCACUGA